AUGGAAUCAGUCCUUUUGAUGAUUUUACUGGUUGCAAUUAUAUUAAUACGAUUCAUUUUGUGGUCCUGUCUUAGUACUUAUAUAGAUUAUAAACUGUCCCAAAGGUUUCCUGACAGAAGAAAAGAGGACUAAAGGACUUCAAAAGCCUCAUUCAGAUUUGAAUUGACAAUGUGGAGAGCUGGAUAAGGUAAAUGGAGCUAGAGCAGCUUUUACCUUGGGAUCUGAUGAGAGAGAAAUGACCUUUUAAGACUUCAGCUGCAUGAAGAUUCUUCAGAAAGUCUCACUGAUAAAGGGGAAGGAAUGACAACUGAUUGAGUCAAAUGACUUCCUAUCCAGCUUGGGCAUGAAUUUGUUGUUGGGAACAGAUUUGUGGACUUCUACCAAUUAAAUGAUGUGGACAAGCUGGAAGGAACCCUCUUGCUGGGCAGUCCAAGAGUGCUCAGUGUCUACGUGCCACGCUCUGGGCUGGCAGGAGCAGAUUUUUACAUGGCUGGUUGAUUUGUUACCACAUUCCUCAUGGCUCCUCUCAGCUAGAAACUUUCAGUCUGUUUCAUCUGAAGCUGCCAAAUAUUCACAUUGCUUAGCAAGCAAUGUAUCUGAGUACUAGUACAAGGUGGAUACCACUGGGAUAAUCUGUUCCAUGGAAGACAGAUUUGUGUCUCAGAGAUUUUCUGAUGGACUCUGGUUGUGCUUCAGUACCCACAACAGUGACAAUAUAAGUGAGUUUUAACGCCAAAGCCCUUCAAGGGACCUUCAUGUCUAGCCUGAAAUAAGCACCCUACUAGGACACUGGAAGAUUUGACUGCUUGCCCAAGGACAAAGUGACUUGGGAUUUCUUGGUUCACUUACCUGGCAGAAAGAAAUAAAUUUUUCCAAGUGAACUGUCUCCUUUGAAAUAGGUGUUGUAUUAAGUCAAACAACCUAAAUCUUACUGCAACUCAGUGU